AUGAAGACUGAUGCCAUCUUGUAUAGCGCUAUGCUCGCUUCAUCCAUCUACAUUGGCGAAGAUCCGAAUGUAAAGUCGGUAGCCCUCGAUCAAGUGCAGCCAUUUCCACAGCCGGAGCCUAGAUCUAUAUCCGAGAAGGCGGCCGUCAAGUUCAAACCUCAGCUCCUCGUGUCUGAAGGAUGCCAGUCGUUCCCUGCAGUGAAUGCAGCGGGUGCUACUACUGCCGGUCUGAAGAUAAAGGGAAUCUCUGAUGGCUUAUGCAAGGAGUCUAAGAGCGAGUCUCAAGUCUACGGGCGCCCAACUUGGCACCGGGGCAUAUGGGUCAUCAUUUACGCUUGGAACUUCCCGAGUUACCGGUAUAAGGAUGAUCGUUUUGACUGGGAGCAUGUUGUCGUGUGGCUCAAUAACCCUGCAGUAGCAAACCAGACGAUUAAGGCAGUGUCGGUAUGGGAAGACAAAGACCGUACAUACGCGAAAGUAAGGUCGCCUGAUGCUAAGUUUAUGGACGGGACAAGCGUCAAACUCGAAUUGGGGAAAUCUGGUAAUACCCGCAAGCUCGGCCUGACAGAGUUGGCUGGUGAGUCCCAGCCACUAAUCAUGUGGGACCAGCUGUCAGAAGAUGUCCAUUAUUCGCUCGAAUCUGUCAACUGGGGAUUAGCAAAGCCCCCGCCUAUCUGUGACACGCGCUACAUGCUCGCCUUGGAAAAUGCUUGGCCAUUUGCUCCAGUUGCACGAUCUCCUUCUCCUCCUGUAGAAGAGGAUUGA